AAAGGGACCUGCCAUCAGUCCCCAAGGCAGGAACAAGGAAAAGGAGGCCUACUUGGUGUCAGGGCAUCAGACGUCCAGGUGCCAGGUUGGGGGUAUGAGGAUUCAGAAACGGAGGAGGAGGGGCCCAGUUCGUUAGAGCGGACUGGAGAAGGAGAGGAAAUUCCAGAGAUAGCGUUGCAUAGCAACGGAGACCUUGACGGUCUCACAGAACUGGAGUCUUCCCUCGAAGUUCCCACGCUGCCUCCUGAGCCAGAGAAAAGCGGCGAGAGAUUGCAAGACAGUUUGAAAUUUGACCCACCUCUCUCCCCCAUACCAGAGUCGGAGACUUCAGAAGAGGAGGGGCCCGUGCUUCCCCCGUCACCACGUACGCGAAGACAGUUGAAAAGACAGGAAAGGAAGGGGGGCAGGAGGGUGGUGACCGAGCGUCCGCUCUCUCCAGGACUCUUAUCUGAAGAAGCCUGAAGAUGACCGCACUCUACGUGGAAGAGAAUGUUUACAAUCUGAUUCCCAAAGAAGUGAAAGAGCCCAUCAAGCAACCCAGGUAUAUAUCAACAUUCAAACCAUCUGUGAUACGUGAAAUUCGAGAGAGGAAGACAGCACCUUGCAAAACGAUGGGAAUCCCCAAGCUUCAAGUCCCUACUCCGAGAGAGUUUCUUCAGAAGCAUUCAAAGGAACCCAAGCUGCCAAAGCGGAAAAGAAUGCAAGGCAUGAAAAAGCCACUAGAGCUGACAGUGCCAGAAAGGAACGACCACCCCAUCAUGGGCAUCCACAGUGAGAAGAAUUACAUUGUUUCAAACAUCGCUGAGGCCAUCAUGGCCGUGGCCAAGAAGCCUCUCCGGGCUUGUGUUGAUGUGCGGAAGGGAGACAAGUUUCUUGUUGACAACUCGGGACUUGUCAAAAGAUACCUCCACAAAAAGGAUUUUGGUGUUACACCAAAAUACAUUAAAAAGCAGACCAAGGAAGCAAAGAAGGCCCAAGAAGAGACUGAUGCUUGCCUCCAGGCGACCCUCAGCCAAAAAGGCCUGACACGGCUCUCCAGGGAGGAGAGGGAGCAUAUUCUGGAGGGUCUCAAGCAAAACUGGGAGGAGAUCAAUCAGGAAUUCCAAAACCUUUCAGUUGUACUAGAUUCACUUCCGAGGAAACUUCGCAAAGAAAAAAUGGAGACACAAAUGAAAGCGCUGGAACAUGACAUCACUGUACUUGAGAAACACAAAGUUGUGUAUAUUGCAAAAGAAUAGGGGUGCCAAGAGAAGUGCUGGGCAAGAUCCAGGCAUCAUUAAGCACUUUCAAGGCCCAUCACUGAUAUCCCUGCGAGACUUAAGCAACUACUCAAAUCUCUCUAACUGAAAUCAGUGAAGGUCUGUAGGUGCUGAACUGCGGGUGGAAUGCGCCCAUUUUUUAACAAGUUGUUUUUGACAAGUUAGUUCAGUAGUGGUUUUUAAAGAAUGUGUAAGUUUUGAAU